CCAGGCUAGGCCAGGCUGGGCCGGAGCGGAGCAGGCCGGAACGGGCCGUGCGCCGCGGGGGGGGGGGUCGCGCCGUGCCCGCCCCCUCCCCGCCCCGCGCGGAGCGCACGCGCGGUCCUCUCACUGCCCCUCCCUUCGCGCUGGGACCCCUGGCGGGCGGCGCGUGGACAUGGCCAGCGACGCUUUGCAGAGCGAGCCGCGCAGCUGGUCCCUGCUGGAGCAGCUGGGCCUGGCGGGCGCUGACCUGGCGGCCCCCGGGGUGCAGCAGCAGCUGGAGCUGGAGCGGGAGCGGCUGCGGCGGGAGAUCCGCAAGGAGCUGAAGCUGAAGGAGGGCGCCGAGAACCUGCGGCGGGCCACCACCGACCUGGGCCGCAACCUGGGCCCCGUGGAGCUGGUGCUGCGCGGCUCCUCACGCAGGCUCGACCUGCUGCACCAGCAGCUACAGGAGCUGCACGCCCACGUGGUGCUGCCCGACCCCGCGGCUGGUGCACAUGAUGCCCCCCAGUCCCCCGGUGCGGGCGGCCCAGCCUGCUCAGCCACCAACCUGAGCCGUGUGGCCGGCCUGGAGAAGCAGCUGGCCAUCGAGCUGAAGGUGAAGCAGGGGGCAGAAAACAUGAUCCAGACGUACAGCAACGGCAGCACCAAGGACCGGAAGCUGCUGCUGACGGCCCAGCAGAUGCUGCAGGACAGUAAGACCAAGAUUGACAUCAUCCGCAUGCAGCUGCACCGGGCACUGCAGGCCUGCCAGCUGGAGAGCCAGGUGGCCCCGGACGAGGCCCAAGGGGGUCCGGACCUGGGGUCCGUGGAGCUGCGCAUUGAGGAGCUGCGGCACCACUUCCGAGUCGAGCACGCGGUGGCGGAGGGCGCCAAGAACGUGCUGCGCCUGCUCAGUGCUGCCAAGGCCCCAGACCGCAAGGCUGUCAGCGAGGCCCAGGAGAAGCUGACCGAGUCCAACCAGAAGCUGGGGCUGCUUCGGGAGGCGCUGGAGCGGCGGCUCGGGGAGCUGCCCGCUGACCACCCGAAGGGGCGGCUGCUGCGCGAGGAGCUCGCGGCGGCCUCGUCCGCAGCCUUCAGUGCCCGCCUGGCCGGGCCCUUCCCCGCCACGCACUAUAGCACCCUGUGCAAGCCCGCACCGCUCACAGGGACCCUGGAGGUACGUGUGGUAGGCUGCAGAGACCUUCCAGAGACCAUCCCUUGGAACCCCUCACCUUCGGUGGGGGGGCCUGGGACCCCUGACAGCCGCACCCCCUUCCUGAGCCGCCCAGCCCGGGGCCUUUACAGCCGAAGUGGAAGCCUCAGUGGCCGGAGCAGCAUCAAAGCAGAAGCCGAGAACACCAGUGAAGUGAGCACUGUGCUCAAGCUGGAUAACACAGUGGUGGGGCAGACCUCCUGGAAGCCAUGUGGCCCCAACGCCUGGGACCAGAGCUUCACCCUGGAGCUGGAGAGGGCACGGGAACUGGAGUUGGCUGUGUUCUGGCGGGACCAGCGGGGCCUCUGUGCCCUCAAAUUCCUGAAGUUGGAGGAUUUCUUGGACAACGAGAGGCAUGAGGUGCAGCUGGACAUGGAACCUCAGGGCUGCCUGGUGGCUGAGGUCACCUUCCGCAACCCUGUCAUCGAGAGGAUACCCCGGCUCCGACGGCAGAAGAAGAUCUUCUCCAAGCAGCAGGGGAAGGCGUUUCAGCGCGCUAGGCAGAUGAACAUCGAUGUCGCCACCUGGGUGCGGCUGCUCCGCAGGCUCAUCCCCAACGCCACGGCCACAGUCACCUUCAGCCCUGGGGCUUCUCCAGGACCCGAGGCUCGGUCCACGGAAAUAUCUGUGGAGAAGCUGAACCUUGGGGUUGACCCGGACAGCUCACCCCAGAAGAGCCCUCUGGGUCCUCCUUCCAGCCCGUCCAGUCUGAGUUCUCCGAUCCAGGAAAGUAUCACCACUCCCGAACUGCCUUCAGAGACUCAGGAGACCCCAGGCCCCACCCUGAGCAGCCCUCUGAGGAAGUCACCGCUGACCCUCGAGGAUUUCAAGUUCCUGGCGGUGCUGGGCCGGGGUCACUUUGGGAAGGUGCUGCUCUCCGAAUUCCGGCCCAGCGGGGAGCUGUUUGCCAUCAAGGCUUUGAAGAAAGGGGACAUUGUGGCCCGAGACGAGGUGGAGAGCCUGAUGUGUGAGAAGCGGAUCUUGGCGGCUGUGACCAACGCGGGACACCCCUUUCUGGUGAACCUCUUUGGCUGUUUCCAGACACCAGAGCACGUGUGCUUCGUGAUGGAGUACUCGGCCGGUGGGGACCUGAUGCUGCACAUCCACAGUGAUGUGUUCUCGGAACCCCGUGCUGUCUUUUAUUCGGCCUGUGUGGUGCUGGGGCUGCAGUUUCUCCAUGAACACAAGAUUGUCUACAGGGACCUGAAGUUGGACAAUUUGCUCCUGGACACCGAGGGCUAUGUCAAGAUUGCAGACUUUGGCCUCUGCAAGGAGGGGAUGGGCUAUGGGGACCGGACCAGCACUUUCUGCGGGACCCCAGAGUUCCUGGCACCGGAGGUGCUGACGGACACAUCGUACACUCGGGCAGUGGACUGGUGGGGGCUGGGCGUGCUGCUGUAUGAGAUGCUGGUUGGUGAGUCCCCGUUCCCAGGGGACGACGAGGAGGAGGUAUUUGACAGCAUUGUCAACGAUGAGGUUCGCUACCCCCGCUUCCUGUCAGCUGAAGCCAUUGGUAUCAUGCGCAGGCUGCUGCGGAGGAAUCCAGAGCGGAGGUUGGGAUCCAGCGAGAGGGAUGCAGAGGAUGUGAAAAAACAGCCUUUCUUCAGGACACUGGGCUGGGAUGCUCUGCUGGCCCGACGCCUGCCACCGCCUUUCGUACCCACGCUGGCCGGCCGCACUGAUGUCAGCAACUUCGACGAGGAGUUCACAGGAGAGGCCCCCCGGCUGAGCCCACCCCGCGACGCACGGCCCCUCACGGCCACGGAGCAGGCAGCCUUCCGGGACUUCGACUUCGUGGCCGGGGUCCGCUAGCUCCCUCCCCCACCCCUGCCCCCACCGAGCUGUUAGUAGUUUUUAAAAAGGCCUUUGGGGUUUGCCCCAUC